AUGACUCAGCCUAUUCGCGUAUGGGUGCUCUUCGUUCUUGAACAUCUUCAGGUGCCGUAUGAAGUCAAGUCUAUAAGAUUUGACGAUGUCAAGAAGAAGCCUCUGACUGAUAUUAACCCAAAUGGCCGCGUUCCGGUCAUAGAGGACCCAAAUACCGGCUUAACGCUAUGGGAGUCAGGGGCUAUCAUCACUUAUAUCAUCAAGCAAUACGAUACCAAGAACCUUCUGACAUACACCAGCUUUCCGGAGGAGCAUCUUUUGAACCAGUGGCUACACUUCCAGAUGAGUGGCCAAGGCCCUUACUACGGCGCAGCUGGCUGGUUCAUUCACCUGCAUCCCGAGAAGAUUCCUUCGGCUAUUGACCGGUACACGAAACAAGUCCUUCGUGUUCUCGGCGUCUUAGAGGGCUACCUCGAGGGAAAGCAGUGGCUCGUAGGCGACAAGAUGACCUACGCUGACAUGGCCUGGGUGCCCUGGAAUGACCGGGUCGACACUUCGCUCGGCGUUCCCGAGCCGAACAAGUUCGACGGCUUCCCAAAUGUCAAGGCAUGGCAUGAGCGUAUGACUUCACUGCCAUCGUGGAAGAAGAUCAUGGAGACAAGAGCGGUGUUGAUGGAUGAGCAGGGUCUGAUGUGGAAUGGCAUGCCGAAGGGAACUAAGAACUUCCAGGAAUACGAAGCUAAGAUCAAGGCCGAAAGUGCUGCUGAAGCACAGUGACCGCACGUCUGAGCUCCCGUUUUUGUUUGCAUUGACUAGGUACUAUUGUCGAAUUCGCAAGGACUGCCUAAAAUAGGGGAAAUCAACCAAUCAUUAAGACUAGUAGGUAUUAUUAAUCUUUUUGCAGCUCAACCCAAAAUUUACAGUGAUAACCCUACCACAACAACUUUCUGUCGCCCCCGUGUGGCACUGAGGGUCCUGACGGCAUGUUAUCGUAUACAUAGUGUAAUACUUACGAUACAGCUCAAAUUUAGAUUGCUACGGAUCGUCAUGUACAAUAGUAAGUAGGUACUUAAGGGAUAUUUUCCGAGUCAUCGUCGACUAAUGUAGCAUCUUCAUCUCUUGGGUUAUAUUGGAGCAAUCCUGCCACAAAAAAAUUGGAUUAGCACUUCAUUACGAUAAGGAACUGGCUCACCAUGUACUUACCUUCCCUUGCCGA